AUGUCUAAAGUUAUCGUUAUUGAUUGCCAUGGACAUGUUCUUGGUCGUGUAGCUUCAGUUGUUGCAAAGAAUCUUCUUCUUGGAAAAAAAUUUGUUCUUGUUAGAUGUGAAGAUCUCCAAGUAUGUGGAACACUCAAAAUGAGAUUAGUUCAAUGGGAACUUUAUCAAAGAAAAAGAGUUAAUACUAACCCAACUCGUGGUGCUUUCCAUCAUCGUUCACCAGCAGAUAUGGUUCGUAAAGCUAUUAGAGGAAUGCUUCCAAAGAAUAAUUAUAGAGGAAAGCUUGCACUUAAGAAUUUGAAAUGUUUUGAAGGAUGUCCAGCACCAUAUGACAAAAUGAAGAAAUCAUCAAUUCCAGCUGCAGCAGCAAUUUAUUCAUUCAACCCAACAAGAAAGAGAACUCUUCUUGGAGAACUUGGAACUGCAGUAGGAUGGAAAAUAUGCUGA